AUGAUUCUUGGGUUGAAGGUGAAAGUAGGGUUCUGCCUGUUCUCUGAUUUCUGCCUUCAACAUCGAUGGAGAUGCUUUAGGGUCGAAGUAAGGGAAGGUCAGGUUGUCGCCAAUAAUUUGGAGGGGAAGUCGGGGACUGUUUACGCGGCACCCAGUGUCGGAGCUCAUCUGCCCCCGCACUGGACCUCGUGGCCCUCAUCGGGGUUCGGGCUCCAUCAGCCGCUCGCCGGCCUUCGCGCCCAGCAAGAUUUCCUCCGCUCCACUGACCUCGCCGCCGAGCGAUUCUUCCUCUCCGCCGAGUCCAACCCCGCCCUGGACGAGACCUUCGCCAAGUUCGUCACCAUGUACCCGAAGUACCAGUCCUCCAGCCGCAUCGACGGCCUCCAUUGCGAGGAGUACUACCACCUCGCCGACGCCGGCGCCCGGAUCUGCCUCGACUACUGCGGCUUCGGCUUAGUCUCCUACCUACAGAGCUUCCAGGUAUAGGAAUUCUCUGCAUUCAGACCACCGCCAACCGUGACUCUAUCCUCGCCUAUCUUAGGUCUCUCGAGAACGCUAUGAAUUUUAUACAGAAG